AUGUCUUCAGUAAAUAGUGUUAGUAAAUCCUCUCGCAGAUCACACUCCAGUCUCUCUUGUGUAUGCAAGCGCCCAGAUUCAUCUGUACUCGAUUCGCGCAAUGCAGAACCCUUGAAGGUGAUCAAACGUCCAACCAUCGGAAUUGUAAAUGCCAACGAGUCUCAUAAUAACCACCGUGGGUCAGGUGCAACACUUGAUGACGCCUCCUCACUUGUCGAUCAGAGCUCUUCUGCUGUGUCUCCUGCCAAAUCGACUUCUAGAUUCCUCACUGCGACCAGUGUUUCUCAGUCAGAUUUGUUUGGGAUUAAUUACAAACCGAAUACCCUCACAAUUACUCAACGAGAAAGUAUUUAUGUGCGGGCUUUAUUCCGUUAUGAUCCCUCAACUGAUCGUGGUCUUGCUGCUCGUGUGGCAAACUCGCUGGUGCGAUGGAGCAGCUCUUCGGUGAUCCUUUCUUUGAGAGGCCCAAAGAGAAUUAGCGGACGUGCCAUUUUCAGGGUCACGGGAUGCACAACCUCGUGGGGUCACAUAGGCCAGUUGAGGGCGCGGUUUGAAACUAAAAAUGAGGUGCUCUCGUUGGGACAUGGUGCUGGUGGCGGUGGUGGUGGUGGGGUGGAGUGCCGAGUCCCACCGCAGAAGGCAAGUGUCAUGCAAACGGUUGAGCUCUUUGGAAUCAUCCGCAGGCAUGGACACUGUUGUACCCUUCAGGGCCUUGCCUUUGAACACGGAGACAUCCUGUACGUGGUGAACGCCAGCGACCCAGAAUGGUGGCAAGCUUGCUAUGCCUUUCCCAUCCCCUCCCCUGCUUGGGCAUCAAGUAGUUCUUCCAACAACGUUCCAUCCGAAACCCCACCUGCCCUUCGCCACACCAACCAUUCUCUUGCCACGUCGGCAUCGUCGGGUCGCCUCGCCAUCAUUCCCAGCCAACGUCGUGUCGAGAGGCGCAAUAGGAUAGCCUCCAAGAGGGUCAAGUUUGUGGACAAGGAAACGGACCUUAGUGGGGGCAACGCCAGCCCUUGGAGUUUGGCUGGUGGUGAGGUGCCGCAGCAGCAGCACUACUUUGAAGGAAACAAAUUUUUUAGUGGUGAUGGUGGCAGUUCCUCAUCCUUAUCUGUUAUUGGUGGCAGUGGAGACAACAGCUAUCCUAUCGGUGACUCUGCAUCGAUUGGUGGCACUCUGGAUCGGCGAAAGAAGCCCAAUUCCUUCUCCAUCUUCAAGCGUUUCUCUAGCAGACGCGAUCGAAAGGACCUUGACGUGGCCGGAGGCACACUGAAGAAGAAGAGCAUUUCUCUUGAAGACAUGCAAACUGGUGGUAAAUUUUCGCAUGUUUUUAUCCUUGGCUGCACUGUUUAG